AUGAAGUCUUUUAUAGAAUAUGCCUCGAACACGGAUUUUCCUCUUGAAAAUUUACCCUAUGGCGUAUUCUCGUCAGGAAGUGUGGAUCAAAAGCACAUAGGAGUCGCAAUAGGUGAAUGGAUUUUGGAUUUAAACGUCAUAUCACACCUAUUCAAUGGAGAACUUUUAAAACAUAAACAAUUUGUCUUUAAGGAACAAACGUUAAACGCCUUCAUGGGGUUGACAAAGGCACACUGGAGUGAAGCGAGGGCUACAAUUCAAAAUUUACUACAUGCUUCAAAUGAAACAUUACAAAAUGAUUUACAACUCCGAGAGAGAGCCUUUGUAAAGCAAAGUGAAGCCUGUAUGCACUUGCCAGCAGAUAUCGGAGACUACACAGACUUCUAUUCAUCUAUCCAUCAUGCGACCAACGUAGGCAUUAUGUUCAGAAGUAAAGAGAAUGCACUCAUGCCCAACUGGAAAUACAUACCAGUUGGAUAUCAUGGACGGGCAAGCUCAAUAGUUAUCUCAGGAACACCAAUUACAAGGCCCUAUGGUCAAACCCAACCAGUAGAAGGUGCUGCACCGCACUUCGGCCCCUGUAGAUUGAUGGACUUUGAAUUGGAGAUGGCCUGCUUUGUAGGUGGAGCCCCCACAAAAGUCGGAGACAGAAUCACGGCAAAGCAAGCGGAAGACCGCAUUUUCGGAUUCGCUCUUCUGAAUGACUGGAGCGCUCGGGACAUUCAGAAGUGGGAAUACGUUCCUCUCGGACCCUUUACUGCUAAAAACCUUGGAACUUCAUUAUCUCCAUGGGUAGUGACCGUUGACGCUCUGAGACCGUACAUAGUGGAGAACUACCCACAGGAUCCAGCUCCUUUCCCAUAUCUCAAACACGAAGACAACUUCAACUUUGAUAUAAAAUUAGAAGUCGAUUUAAUAACGGAGAAGUCACCUUUGGCGACAACAAUUAGUCGUUCGAAUUACCGCUUCUUGUACUGGACUGUGAAGCAACAACUGGCUCAGCAGACCGUCACAGGCUGCAACCUGCGCCCCGGCGACAUUCUCGGCUCUGGAACUAUUAGUGGUGACACAUCGGAUUCCUACGGUAGCAUGUUAGAGCUAAGCUGGAAGGGAACCAAGCCGUUGCGGUUGAAAACCGGUGAAGAACGAAAAUUCCUUCAGGAUGGAGACACUGUUGUACUGCGCGGAUACUGCGUUAGCGCUAACGGAGCUCGAAUAGGUUUCGGAACGUGCGCUGGGAAACUACUACCUGCAAUUCCAUUUAUUGAAAUAUAA